UUAAACAAGGAAGCAAACAAGGAGAUGGACAGGAGGUUAUUUCCAAUGUACACAAGCACCGGAUGAUGGAUGAGUAUUUAUAUAAAAGUCAUCUUUUUUUUCAAAAUAGGAGCUCUAACCCAAAUAAAUGUCCCCUAAAGCUUAUAGUCAGGACCCCAGGAUGAGGAGGAGAACUCUGCCUGGGGGAACAAGGGGCAUUGAGAAGGCAGGGAUAACUCAGAAGUUUGUUCCCGGAGAGAUGGGGGUGGACGCUGUUGCAAGAGAAAAGAGAAGUCCAUGAAGGGGGCUGAGAUAGAAAGAAAGCCCACACUCCAGCGUCAGGAGAGGAGUGAUGUUUCCUUCCCUUAUUUCCCUGUAUUUCUCCUUUUUGCUGAUUGUCACAAUGACCUUGACCUGAUCUGUACAGUUAGAUGUUGAGUGUGUGUCUCUGCUGAUCUGAGCUCUGCAGUGCAGUGGGAUCCUGCAUCUUCCCUGAAGCAUCUCCAUGGCCUAGAUGACCACUGUCCAUGGCGAGGAACCCACAAGGAUGUGCUGAUAGACGGGCUGAGGAUCAAGGAGACCCCAUGGGGGAGGCUCUGAAAGGGAAGGAUGUACCCUGAGUCAACCUCACCUGCAAGGGCCAUCUCUGGGUCUAUUUUCUGCUCUGUCCUUGAAAUGAGAACCAUGCUCUUGAGGAGAGGCAGUUCCCUUUCCUGUGGGGCUGCUGAUGUGACAACGUCAUUACUAGAAGACCAACUUCUCAGUGGCCACAUCCUGUGUGUCUGUCUGUCCUGCCGGGCACUGUAGUCUCCUCCAUCUGCAAGGCCGGGGCCACAGGGAGGAGAUGCCAUGACCCUCAUCCUCACGACCCUGGUCUGCCUUGGGCUGAGUGUGGGCUCCAGGACCACAGUGCAGGCAGGAACCCUCCCCAAACCCACCAUCUGGGCUGAGCCAGACUCUGUGAUCCCUCAGGGGAGGCCUGCGGCCAUCUGGUGUCAGGGGACCCUAGAGGUCCGGGAGUACUAUCUGGAUAAAGAGGGAAGCACAUCACCCUGGUACAGACAGCCACCACUGGAGAGUGGGGAGAAAGUCAAGUUCUCCAUUCCAGAAGUGACAUGGCAAUAUGCAGGGAGAUAUCACUGUUACUAUCUCAGCCCCACUGGCUGGUCAGAGCACAGUGACCCCCUGGAGCUGGUGGUGACAGGAUUCUACAGCAAACCUACCCUCUCAGCCCUGCCCAGCCCUGUAGUGACCUCAGAGGGGAACGUGACCCUCCAGUGUCGCUCAUGGGAAGGAUUUGGCAUAUUCAUUCUGACUAAUGAACGAGAACACAAACCCUCCUGGACCCUGGACUCACAGCGAAUCCCCGGUGGGCAUUUCCAGGCCCUGUUUCCUGUGGGCCCUGUGACCCCCAACCACAGAUGGGAGUUCAGAUGCUAUGGCUAUUACAAGAACAAACCCCAGAUAUGGUCACACGCCAGUGACCACCUGGAGAUUCUGGCCUCAGGAGCCCGCGAUGAAGUCAGCCCGCCGGCCACAGAAGCGGGUUCCCAGACAGCCGACACCUCCUUGAAUUACAUGGUGGUGAACUCUGUCCGCAUGGGGCUGGCCGGUGUGAUCUUGCUGAUCCUAGUGGUGAUUCUGGCAGAAGCUUGGCACAGUCAGCACAGUUCCCAACUUGGACCACAGGGAUGGAUACAGGAGGGAGCCCACCAUAGAGAUUAGACCCCAGGGCUCCGGGAGGGACAUCCCCUAGAGCUCUGAGGCUCACACAGGAGCCCAAGGAGACCCAGUGCCCACCAUGGGCUGUGGGCUCUGCAGUGCACCUGAGAGAGGCAGCCCCGAAGGACACAGACCCUGUUCUUGGGAGCACAUGGGGUGCAGUGGUGACACAUCCCAGCCUCUCCUGUGGUGGUCAGCCUCCCAUCUUUGAGGGUUUGCCUCCAUGUCUGAUACUCACAAUCAUGGCCUCAGCCUCACUGCAUCCUAGAUCUCCCUUCUCCUCUGGUUCUAACACAGGUUCCAUGUCCCUCAAGCCUCUCCCACCCUCUUCCUUUUCCUCCUCCUCCCGCCCACUUUAGAGGCUCCAUGAAGCUCAUUUCCUCAGUGUUCCCUCCUCUCCCUUUGGUGAUAUCUGCAUCUGGACCUCCCUUCCACAUCUGAGCAGACUCCUCCACGUUGCAAUUUCCCACUCCCUCCUCCUCCUGGAGGCCCACAUUCCCAGCUGCCCCCUGGGGACCAGGAACUUGUCCCUCAAGGCCCUGGAUCUCACUGACACCUGUCAGCUGCCUUACCCAGGGAGGCCCCACAGUGUACCUGCCCUGGCCUUCUGCACAUCCCAUUUCUCCUCUUCCUUGAGUGGUCUCUGCCCUCCUUGAUGUAUCCUCUCCUCCUGUUACCACGGACUUGACUCAAGAGGCCAUGGAAGAAAUACAAGUAAAGCCACAGUUUGACAUCCCCACAUGCCCAUGAGGUCAGCUAUGAUUCCAAUAAAAGAAAAAGGAAAGUAACAGAUGUUGGAAAGAUGUGAAGAAAUAAGAACCCUUGUGCACUGUUGGUGGGAAUGCAAAAUGGUACAACCACUAUUUAAGUGGCAUGGCAGUUCCUCAAAAACUAAAUAGAAUUACCACGUGAUACAGCAGUUUCACUUCUCGGUAUACAAGCAAAAGAAAUGAAACAAGGGACUUAAGCAGAUAUUUACACACUCAUGUUCACAGCAGCAUUAUUCACAAUAGCCAAUAUAAUCACAAGGCUCCUUAAAUGUGGAAGAGGGAAGCAGAAUAAUCAGUGUCAGAGUGAUGCACUGAGAAGGACUCAACCACUCGGUGCUGGAUCUGAAGAUGAGGAAGGGGCCAUGCGAAAAGGAUGCAGGUGCCUCUGGAAGCUGGAAAAGGCAGGGGAACAGAUUCUCCCCUCAAGUGUCCAGGAAUGAACACAGCCAUGCGGUCACCUUGAUUUUAUCCCUGUGAGACCCAUUUCAGACUUCUGACCUCCAGAGUUGUAAGACAAUAAAUCUGCAUGGUCGUGAGCCUCAAUGUUUGCGCUAUUUUUUUUCAGCAGAGGAAAGA